CGCGGCGGGCCGCCGGGGCCGUGUGCGUCUGCGCGGCGGCGCGGGAGCGGCAUGGCGUUCCGGCAGGCGCUGCAGCUGGCGGCCUGCGGGCUGGCCGGGGGCUCGGCUGCCGUGCUCUUCUCGGCUGUGGCGGUGGGCAAGCCGCGGGCGGGCGGGGACGCGGAGCCGCGCGCGGCCGAGCCGCCGGCGUGGGCCGGGGCCGCGCGGCCCCCUGGCGUCUGGGACUCCAACUGGGACAGGCGAGAACCACUGUCUCUGAUCAACCUGCGCAAGAGGAACGUGGAGUCUGGAGAAGAAGAACUGGCGUCCAGGCUGGACCACUACAAAGCCAAGGCCACGCGGCACAUCUUCCUCAUCAGGCAUUCUCAGUAUCAUGUGGACGGCUCCCUGGAAAAGGACCGCACUCUGACCGCGCUGGGUCGUGAACAGGCUGAACUAACUGGGCUCCGACUGGCCAGCUUGGGGUUGAAGUUUAAUAAAAUUGUCCACUCCUCCAUGACUCGGGCAGUAGAAACCACCGAGAUCAUCAGUAAGCACCUGCCAGGCGUCUGCAGGGUCAGCACAGACCUGCUUCGGGAAGGCGCCCCCAUCGAGCCCGACCCACCCGUGUCUCACUGGAAGCCAGAAGCUGUGCAGUAUUAUGAGGACGGAGCCCGGAUCGAGGCUGCGUUCCGGAACUACAUCCACCGAGCAGACGCCAGGCAGGAAGAGGACAGUUACGAGAUCUUCAUCUGUCACGCCAACGUCAUCCGCUAUAUCGUGUGCAGGGCGCUGCAGUUCCCUCCCGAAGGCUGGCUCCGGCUCUCCCUCAACAACGGCAGCAUCACCCACCUGGUGAUCCGACCCAAUGGCCGGGUAGCGCUCAGGACCCUUGGGGACACAGGGUUCAUGCCUCCUGACAAGAUCACCCGGUCCUGAGGGCUGCCCGUGGACUGUGCCCUUUAGCUACGGCCUGGCACUGGCCUUCCCUUGCCCGUCUUCCCUGCACAGACUGUGACGCAGUUUCGUUUUGCUUCUUGAGGAAGAGGCUGGCAGAAAAGUAGGAACUGCUGUUUGGUGCUUCCAGCCCAGGCUGAAGGGCAGACUUGGAUCAGAGCCAAGACGGCCUCGUGGAGUUCCGGGUGAUGCCCUCUUCUCAGCGGACUGACGCGGUCACUUCUGGACUACGGCACAUCUGUACCCAGGGCCCGGCUCCACCAGCUGCCAGGGCCAGAGAGCCAGGCAGAGGGAGAGCAGUGCCCGAGGCUCCUUUCAUUUCUUAAGACCUUUUUGUCACUAAAGUAUUUGUCAGUUAGAUUGUCCUCUUCUGGGCUCUUGCUUUGAAAACCACUUUCUCCCUGCAGAGGUGCAGAUCCCUGAGGCUCUGCACUCAUCUAGUAAGGCCUUUCAGGUUCAGGACUCAGCAGCCACAGUGAGGCCUGGGCAGCAAGGGAGGAACCGAGUCGGUGGAGGGGACGGGACCUUUGACUUUCUUGCUGGUUUCUGAGGGCCAGGUGGGUGCCAGUCCUGUACAGAUCACCCGGUUCAGUGAAAUGCUUCUGAUGAUCUUCAGUUUCAUGUGUAUGGAUUCAAGUAUGUGGAUAUGAUCUGUCUAUACUAGAUGUUGUCAAUUUCUCUGAAGUGGUCAUGAGUAUUUUCCCCAAUCAAUACAACUAAUUGGGAUAUCUGACUCAUUUCUCUGCUUGGGAAAUAACUACAUAAUAAAAUCUGAUUGGUUUUUUAAAAGUA